UCUACAACUUCUUAAAAUUGAUUUUUUACUUUCGAUCAAACGUCUUAUAUUGACCAACAAGUCUAAGUUAUUAAAGAAGAGCAUUCCAACUAAUUGAAUAAUAUUAUGACUCCAAACUCAUGAAAUGAAUAAAGCAGCAAAUCAUUAAGGGUUCAUUUUAUUUUUUGUUUUUAUUUAUAAGUAGAGGUUAUUUCAUCCAAUUACUCAGUCAUUUAUUGAACAAAAAAGGAAAAAUCAUCAGCUCAAAUGUCCGAUUUAGAGCAUUUCAGUCUCAAUUUUAGCAACGCAAAUGAAAAUCCUUUAGACCAGCAAAAUUCAUGUCAAGUUCUGAUUCAAUCUUCUGGAUCAAAGUGUCGCACCCGCCGGGCUAAAAAAGAGCAAGAGUAUUUACAUGAAAUUUGGAGUGUUCAACAAGUGCCAAUUGACUUUGGUGGAAUUUCGAAAUCUUCAGCAGUUGUUGAAAAAGUUUUAGAAUCAAGAAAAGCUGAUCACGAUGUUGCGCUUGAGAGCUUGGAGAAGGAGUUGGAUAGAUUGCACGAGAAAUGUAAAACAGAAGUCGACGAUCUUAAUAAGAAUUUGCAAAUUGAAAUCGAAAAAUAUCAUGCAAAUAUUGAAGAUGAGAAGAAUGAUUUCUGCAGCCUGAUGGGCUGCACGAAUGACGAAAAGUACGAAGAUCUGAGAGACAAAAUUGAAUCUGUAAUGGAAAAAGAGCGAACAGCUAUCGAUAGACUAUUUGAACUCGUACAACGAGUUGAAUUUAGAAAACGCAGCGAAGCGACUCAAAUCAUCAAAAAAUACCAUCUUAUUUUGAGAAAGUUAUUUUAUUUACAAAAAGACGCACUGCGCAAAUUGAUGGAACAUAAAAUAUUGGAAUAUAAUCGCAUGGCUAUAGAGAAUCAUAAAAAGUACGAAGAGCUAAAAUUAAACUUAUAUUCAUCCGCCGACACAUACAAACAAAAUUUUUAUCUUUGGAUGAAAAAAAUGAAGGAAGACAAAAAUGCCACUUGUCGGCAAAGUGCUCUAAACGAGUUUUACACCGAAUACGAUAAUUUACAAAAUGCUGGAGCAGUAUACUUCAAAACUAUAGAAGGCAAAUCGGCCCUAUGCCGACUGAAAAGUCGAAAAAGCAUAAUUUCUGAAACGAUCGCACAAUGGGAUAUGACGGUACCUUACUCGGCAUCGAGAUUCGAGGAACAUUCUAAUCAAAUUAAUUCGAUAAUAUCUUCAACUGAUGCGACUGUAACAUCUUUCAUAAAAUCAUACCAAUUCUACAUGUCGAGACAUCUCGGUAGACUCUCGAACAAAAUUGAAAAAUUACAAGCAACAUUGGGCGACGACAGUGAAAUUGCAGCAGAUCAAGAAAGUGAAGCGACUCAAAAGAUUUACGAUGGAGCGAAAGAACAAAUCGAACGCUUCGUCGCCGAGUCUGAGGAGACUUGGAACCAAAUUUUGAACAAACUACGAGAUACAGCUGUGAAAACCUUUAAGCUUUUUCAGGACUUUGGUUCCCCGUGGGAUGUUCAGGCUACCAAUUAUUCCAAGCUCCAAAUUACUACCAUCGAGCAAUUAAAAAACAGAGCCGCCAAAAGUGAAUCGGCGCAUCUUGAUCUGCAAGAAAAGAUCAAUGCCGAAAUCGUUAAGCUGAGAGAAGAAGAGAGCGUUUCAAAAUUGGAGAAGAGGCUAGCGCAAGUUUUAGCGCUUUUGGAUAGAAAAAUUGAAAAAUACAAGCACGAUUUUGAAGAAGACUGUAAAAUCAUCAGAAAAUGCAAAGAGACCGUGAAGAAAGAGCUCAGUGGUAUGCAGAACAAGAUCGAUACGUUUCUUCAAGCUAACAAGCCUGUGGAGAUCAGCGAAAAUGUCAGCUUAUCUUCUUAUCAGUCAGCAGAGGAUCAUUGCUUUUGUCAAUUGAGUUUAGAGGAUAUCAUUUCACACGAGUUGCAGCUCAUAGAAAAACAGAUCGAUGCCUUCGAGUUUUGGAGGGCGACCGGUUUUAUUUUUAGGAUAUUGAAAAAUAUGGCUUCGUACCGAUCUUUCAUGGAAAAAGAGAUACUCGAAAUUGUAGAUACUUGGCAGGAAGAGUUGAUACUCGAAGGGUCGCAAUUCGUGGACGAAAAUUUGAAAACCGUUGAACAGUUAGGCGAAGAUAUUCGUACAGAGGCAUAUACCGUUCGAUUGAAUGAGUUGACGAGUCAUCAACAGAACAUAGAGAGGCAUAAAAAGCUGAUAACUAGAUUAUUGAAUGAAUCUUCAAAGUGCACUGAUAGCUUCUUGGAUUUUAAUGAAGUUAUCGGUGAUUAUAAAUCUGAAGCCUUACAAAUGAUAGAGGAAUACGGACCAAAAACGAAACAUAGCAGUCAAGUACAAUGUUUGAAAAAUAUGUUGAGAACGCUGAAAGAAGAUUAUAAAAAGAAAAUUGAUCAAAUAGUAAAUUGCAACAUAGAUAGACUGAUGAAAAAGAUUUCUUUGAUAAAGAUGUCUAAUGAAUCUUUCCUCGAUGCAAUAAUACUGUUUGCUGACGGUGGAAAUUUCGAUACAGAAGAAUUGAAUUUAGCGAGGAAAGAAAUCGAUGCAUUGUUAAAAGCCAUACAGAUAGACGAAUCAAAUAAUCGCUCAAAGAUAAAGAAAAUUGCGGAUCAAGUUAACUCUCAAAUUGACGACGUUGAAAAAGUCAACUCUGACAGUUUGAGCAUUACCUUGAACAAGUUAAGAUUACAAGAGAAUAUCAAUAACGCUAUCACGAAAUGUGAAUAUGUGGUGAGCAUUAGAAGAAAGCACUUCAGAGAAAAGAAUAAAGAAAUAAUAGAAAUGAUCGUGGCCUUUAUAACGAAAUGUCAAAAUAGAUUAUCUGCGGACGAUCUCAUUUUGGACUUGACCAAAUUGGCUCAAACCUCGCAAAAACACGUACACUUUAUAAAAGGACCUUUUCCAAAUAUUGAUAUACCAAAAAUUUUCAACUACAAUAGCGUACCAUUUAAUAGUAAUAAUAACGAUAAUAAUAAUAAUAAUGGCGCAACAACUCGGCGACACUCUAAAAGAAGAAAAUCAUCGAUCAAACCAAUGAUAAAUCAACAAAAUAACCAGACACAAAAUGAUCAGUACGAUUCAAACAAUUUUGCAUCUGUUAUUGCAAAAUUAAUUAAAGAUACCUUGAGUGUCAUUGACGAAAAAGCAGUGGAAUAUUAUACUUUACUGAAAAAUAAACGCGAGCAUCAGUAUUUUCCCGAUAAUAACGAAGGCUGUGAAGACUGCAUAAAUAAUACUCUGCAACGACUAAAUUCCGUUUUCGAAACCACCUUCAAUUUUUGGAUAACAGAAAUAAAUGAUUUCUUAAACUUUUUUAAAUCCGUUGAGAUACCUUCUUUAGAUUACUAUUUGAACAGCGAAUAUACGCCCGAUAAAAAAGAAUCAAGCGAAACUUUAAAUACAGAAGUUAGUAAUCCAAACAAAGCGAUAAGCAUAAAAAUUGACGAAAAUUUUGUGGAAUUUCAAGAUAUACUCCAAGGGAUGUUAAAUCUACUCCAGUCAAAAAGUAUGAAUAGUGAAUGUGAAAAGGCAGCGGAUGACAAGGAGAGCUCAAAUUAAAGAACAAUUUUAUUAAAUUAAGUAUGUAAAUUUACUAAUGCUACAAAGUCAAAAUAAAACAAAUACCUCUGCAAUAAAAAAGUAAGUCUUCCACGCGACUGUUACACAACUCGCACGACAUUCUCCUCUUUAUCAGCAGACAUAAGAGAAGAUAACAGACAGAAUUGAAAUUGACAGAAUUAAAUUUUUAUGUAUGAACUAGCGCGUUACGGUCACUUUCACGGUUUAUUGUUUAACGACGAAAUACUUUUGGAAAAAUAUUUUAAGAACUUUGCGGCGCGCUGCCGCGAG